GUUCAGGAAUCUGUUUCAAGCUCGUAGACACAAUGACAUCGCUCGCCGUGGCGUCGACUGGGUGAAAGCUAGCCCUGCCGUCUCACCGCAUUGCAAUCUCUCCCCAAAAAGAGAAAGCAAGCGUGUCUGUUCCUUUGUGUGAGCCUGUGAGCAAUUGUACUUUGAUCUGGGGGUUCCUAGCUAUUCCAGACAGCCUGCGCACACAGCAUCUCUGCUGUUCCCUUUGGACCACUGCUGAAAAUCCCAGGACAUCUAAGGAUAGCAUUUCUUUUGUGACUCUGGAUGGCCCGGACUGGGGGCUGAGAAGACAGUGAAGCAAGGAGAAGAGCAUUUACAAAGACGAAGAGGAGGAGAAGAAGUCUUGAAGUCUUGUCAUUUACUGGAGAUUCUGCUUUUUCUACUGUUUUUUUGUGUGCCUCAAUUGGAAUAAUGUCUAUUUGGAGAAGAAAGGAGUUUCCCUUUGUUGUGAAGAGCCUUGUGCUGAUGGUCUGUACUCUGGGCUACGCAGGGCAGAGCGAGAAUGGGGAGGCUGGACAAUCCUGUUAUGGGGGCUUCGAUCUUUACUUCGUCCUGGACAAAUCUGGAAGUGUGCAGCACCACUGGAACGAAAUCUAUUUCUUUGUCGAACAUCUGGCUCACAAAUUUAUAAGCCCCCAGCUGCGGAUGUCUUUCAUCGUGUUCUCCACUGAAGGCCGGAUCCUGAUGCGGCUGACUGAAGACAGGGAUCAGAUCCGGGAGGGGCUGGAGGAGCUGCAGAAAGUGCUCCCAGGAGGAGACACAUACAUGCAUGAGGGCUUUCAAAGGGCCAGUGAGCAGAUCUACUAUGGGAAUACAGAAGGGUAUCGCACAGCCAGUGUGAUCAUCGCACUCACGGACGGAGAGCUGCAUGAGAACCUCUUCUUCUACGCCGAGAGAGAGGCAAAUCGCUCACGGAGCCUGGGUGCCUCGGUGUACUGCGUUGGUGUGAAGGACUUCAAUGAAACACAACUGGCUAAGAUCGCAGACAGCAAGGACCACGUCUUCCCGGUCAACGAUGGCUUUGAAGCCCUGCAAGGAGUCAUCAACUCGAUCCUGAAGAAGUCCUGUAUAGAAAUCCUGGCUGCAGAGCCCUCUAGCAUCUGUGCAGGAGAAACCUUCCAGGUGGUGGUCAAGGGCAAUGGCUUCCUUCAUGCCCGCAAUGUUGAGAAGGUGCUCUGCAGCUUCAGGAUCAAUGACACCGUCACUCUGAUGGAAAAGCCCCUGGUGGUGAAGGACACGUACCUGCUCUGUCCCGCUCCAGUCCUACAGGAAGUAGGAACGCAAGCCUCCCUUCACGUCAGUAUGAAUGAAGGCUUGAGUUUCAUCUCCAGCUCGGUCACCAUCACCACUGUGAGCUGUUCCGACGGUACGAUCCUGGCCAUCGCACUGCUGAUCCUCCUCCUUCUCCUGGCCCUGGUCCUGCUGUGGUGGUUCUGGCCACUCUGCUGCACUGUGAUUAUUCGAGAGCCACCACCCCCUGUCCCAGAAGACAGUGAGGACGAAGAGGAUGACGGGGCGCCCAAGAAGAAGUGGCCAACCGUAGACGCUUCCUAUUACGGGGGCAGAGGAGUUGGAGGCAUCAAAAGAAUGGAGGUGCGCUGGGGAGAAAAGGGCUCCACAGAGGAAGGCGCCAAGCUGGAGAAGGCCAAGAACGCUCGGGUGAAGAUGCCGGAGCAGGAGUUCGAGUUGCCUCCUACCCGCACACUAAACAAUGGCAUGCGCAAGCCGCCGGGGCCCAGAAAGUGGUACUCCCCCAUCAAGGGCAAGCUGGAUGCUCUGUGGGUUCUGCUCAGGAAAGGCUAUGACCGUGUGUCAGUGAUGAGACCCCAGCCUGGUGACAAGGGUCGAUGCAUCAACUUCACCCGAGUGAAAUCCAGCUCUAUUCCCCGUUACCCCAUCUACAACAACCACUCCUCCCCUAUUUACACCCCUCCAAGAGGCAGCACCCCUCCUCCGCCCCAGGGUAUGCUGCCUCCCCCUCCACACAGCCCUCCAGCCUCCCCUACACCUUCCCCUACCUCUACUCUCCCUCCCUUGCCCCUCACCUCCCAAACACCUCCCCCUCCUCCCUACACUCCUCCCCCAACCCGAGCCCUGCCUCCAACCUCCUUGCAUCUACCAUCUUCCCCGGACCUGCCCACCUCCACACCCUCCACUCCCCAUUCACCUACUGGUGCCCUGCCCCCUCCCCCUCAAGCCCCUCCCCCGUGCCGGGCCCCUCCCCCUGCCCGCCCACCACCACGCCCCUCUCUCUAGGCUCCAGAGCCACACUUUCAGCAAGAGGUGAAGGAACUCUGCUUCCCCAGAACUGUCAAGUGGAAACAACACAGUUGCAACAGGAAGCCCAUUUUCCCAGACUGCUUUCUUCACCUUUCCUGUCAAACCACUAUAAGCGAGACUGCUCGCUACCUACUCUUUAGACACUAUCACAUUACAGCUGAGGCACCUCCGCCUUUUUUUGAUUGUUUUCCAGCUUAUAUCAAUGUAUUUCAUUUUUAUUUCAAUACUCCCUGGAACAAAAUAUCAACCAGUGGCCAAAGCCCCCCAGUUUUGCACGGAAGAGGUGUGAAAUGAUGACAGCUCUGAUGUCUCCCAGAAGCCUCUUCUCCAAAACAACAACAAGGAUGUACACACCACCAGCUACCAGUGGCACAGUCCUUGCACAACCGAUCUUUCACCAGCAGGGAGCACUGCUGCUGUGUUGGCCCCUACGAAACAAGUAAACUGUAGUCAUCUUAUACCUCUUUGCCUUGCUGUAGCCAAGCUGUGGAAUACCAAAUUCUACCAGAUUCUGGGUCUGCUCUGCAAAAUGAAAAUGGCUACCAACAACCAUGCUGGAGAAGGAUUUCACUGUGAUGAAAAUAAGAGCCCCUCUUAAUCUAAUAUGGUUUAAAUUAUGGUUUAUUAUCAAUGGUCUUCUGUCUUUAAAGAUUUGGUGCAUCAUAAAUGUAACUUAUACUUAUCAGAAAAUGAAAUAUUCUACGGCAACUGGAUUGCUAGACAGGAUAAUUAGAGUACAGUAUGUGCCUGAAAAGGUUGUAAGGGCAUUAUAAUUUAGUUCUGAAAAAGGAGACAGAGGAAUCUUUAAAGAAGGUGCUUAAGGUUGUGGUGUUUUAGAUGGUACUUUUUGAAUGUGUAACUCAUUGAGGAAAUGCCUCAAAAUGAGAUUCUUAUGUUGUAUAAUUGUUCUUUAAUUCACUCUUCAGAUUGGCACCCGGAUCUGUGCCACUUCAGGUAAUCCUGAUUCUAAGAUAUGUGCGGAAUUUGAAUUUCCCUGUUCAAAAUUCCUCUUUAACUUCCUACCUGUUGCCUACCCAAUUUUUUUUUUUACUUCUCCAUGGUUCUGUGUUGAAAGCCAGGAAGCAAAUUAGCAUUGCGCAAAGCCACAGUGAAGAAUCCAACAGACAUGAGCAACACUGAGUUGUUUCCCCUUUCAACCAUUCAGCACUUGUUUGACUUCAAGUUGCCUAACAUGGCAAAGCGCUUUGGCACAAACUUCAACACAGAAUGCUGAAGUAUAGUUACAAGAGGGCAUGCAACAGGAAAAGUGCAGGACUCUUGGUUCCUAACCCGGGAGAGUAGAAGUGCAGAUUCUUAUGGUGAUGCGAGAGCUGAUGUUUUGCUGGAAAGGUGUCUUAUUCAAUGCAAAGGUUUGGGUACAAUAGCAGUCCGUUUAAAAAUGCACUAAUGAAAGAAAAGGGAGAGGCAGUAGACAUGAACUGGGAUUGAGAUGCAUGGUCAAGCAAAUAAAUGCAUAUGCAAGCCUUCAAGUCUUGAGCUGUCAAAACACAGCACAGCUGUAAAGGAACUAACUUGAAAAUUGUUGAGUUGUGAAAUCUUUUUACACAUCCUUUAUCACACUCCCAGCUUUAAGAAUUCUUUUCUUAAGCCUUUUUUUAUCAUGAUGGUCUGGAUCUAGAACACAUUCUAGGGGGCAUGGAUAAAAGCGCAGUCAGAGCAGGGACACAAUUUCCUGUGCAAGACAUAGGGAUAAGACACACGUCGCAUGAACUGGAAAUGCGCUGCUGAUCCCACCCACGCCUUUGAGUUGCCAAAAUUUCUUUAAUAGAAACCGCGGAAGUGUAGAAGGAAGGGCUGUUUGCUCCCGUGAUGGAAUUGUUCUGGUAAAAGGGAGGGGAUAGUGAUGAAAAUGAAGAUCAGAGAAAAAGCCAAACGUUUUUCAGAAGGUUGAGCACGUGCAGAAUCAGAAUGUGUUUUUUUAUGUAUGUAUGUGGUAUUUCUCUUCUUUGUGUGUGUUCAAGUUAUAGCAUUUAAUGAACCCUUUUAUAUAUUAUAUAUACUGUACCUUAUCAUUCCUCUACUUUUUCCUUUAAAUAACUAAUCACUUUGUUGAUUAGUGUUAAUCAUGAUCAAACCAGGGGGUCACCCUUAUUUGUGUUCCAAUCACAAACUCCCAAGAGCGUUUGUUUCAACUCGCUCCGUAUUUAAAGAUUGAUCGCAAUAAAUGGUAACAGCCAGGAGUUCAAGUGAUCUGUUGUGAAGGGUGUAUAGCUGUAUAUAUUUUACCACAUGCUAACCACAGAAUCGAUCCACUCUGCCAGGUUCAGUAGGGCUGGGGUCUGUCAUCUUGAUUGUCUUCAAUGUUAUAAAUUAUUGUAAAGCCAAUGGUAUCACAUGGCAAUUUUUAUUGUUGUAUCAAGCUGUGCUUGUUUAAAACACGUCUUUUGUUGUUGUUAUUGUUAUUGUUGUUUUGAUUCUCCAUUACUUUCUUUAGUCAGUUUUUUUAAAAACACGUACGGUACAACUAUCUGGGAGUUGGUGGUGACGAAAGUUUGGUUUACACAGCUUACAUACCCCAUGAUGUUAUAUGAACGAAACCUUAAGAAAACCAGCACCUAGAAUUUCGGCAUUUCUGCAGGGUGACUGAAACCAGAAGGUGUUAAACCUCGUUAGAUGCCAAAGAGGUACUUGUCAUUAUACUGCAAAAGACAGAACCUUUGAGGGGUUAAAUAAACUUGACUUCUCCAAUCAUGCAGAUGUUUUAUACUGUGGAUAUGGUAGUUUGUUUAAAAAAACAAGCAAGAAACUAAUCUGCAGAAUCAUAAAGAGAAACCAGUUAGGAAUGUUAAAAAAAGGGAAGGAUUAAAAGGCAUUUUAUACAAAUAUCCAUUUUCCUUUCCUCUCUUCUUGGUGCAUGUUUAUUUCUAUCUUACAUUUCUCUCUUUGCUGUCAGUGGUGCUUUGUAUUGUGUGUGCAAAUCUACUUUGGCUGCAUUAGUUAAAUAACUUGUCUUGUAAUAAAUCACUAAAAUAAGAUAUGUGCAACAAACAACACUUUAGAAAAUGCUUGCCGUGAACUAGUGAGCCUCCUCUAUACUCCUAGCUGUGCUAUAAAACCGGGAGCCCAUCUACUCCAUUACAGAACUUUUACACCACCAACACCUUAAUUGAUCUAUUGAUCCUGCUAAUUAUCAAAGAUGAGCUGGUUGCUCUAAAAUACUGCAAUGGAGUAGGCUGGAAUAGCUUUGGGCUGAGUGGCAAGAUCCCUCCAAGUGACCAGAAGUCAUUGCAGAAACAGAUCUUCGUUCCGAGUCCAAACCCGAUGUGCUGGUGCUGGGAUGUUUGUGUCUCUUGCCCCUUUCUGGAUAGCAGGCAUUUUCUGUAUCAGCCCUGACAGCAAUGUGCUGAGCAGUCAGCGUGGGUUAGAGGUUUGUAAAACAAGGGAGUCAAACAGCGUUGGGAUAAUCACAGAGUCUCCCACAGCACUAUAAAAGUUAAAAUCACACAGAAAUCGCCCCGAGAAAAUUAAGGGGGAAAAAAUACAGUUCUUUGAUUUUGUUUUGUAUUUAAUCAUACCUAACCCCUGGGCAUUCCUAUCCCUAAAGCAGCCAUUAUAAAGCAGCAUUUAAUUGUAUAUCAAGCAGCAGGACUAACCAGCAUUUCAUCACAUGGCUGCACACAUACACUCACAUUUCCGCCUGUGUCGUUCGGCAGUCUUGACUUUGAUCAUUUCCAAAUGACAUCUUUCUCAUUUCACCCUGCUGGGACAGCUAGAUUUUAAUGUCUCAAGAUGAAGCUUAAUUCAAACCAGAAAGGGUUGUUGUCCCCCCCACCCCCCCUUUAAAAGGGAAGUGGGAUACCACAAUAAAGUUGUGCAAAAAUGCUUUUUAAAAAAAACAACAAAAAAUCAUAGUCUUUUGCGAACUCUUUACUGCAUGGCUGUUUACACCUGUGCUGGUAAGUCACAGCUUAUGCCAUAUUCUGCUGUCUGAACUUGACAAUAGCUGUCAACAGUAAAUAUGUGCUAAAUUAGUGUCACUGUACAGUGACAGACUAGAUAUCUUCAUUUUCACAUUUUGUUCCUAUAUCACCCUGUCUCUUUCAGUAUCAAAAGCACUUUCACUUUUUCUCUUUACUGGAAAAUCCCAAACUAUUUACAAAAUUAGGAGGCAUGAAUCUGUUUAUUCUAAUAUUCUAAGUUUUAAAGUUUGCUCUGUAACUUUUGCCUGAAUGUAACAUUCACCCUGCUUUCUGUAUAAAAGUUCCAAAUUUAAAAACCUUUCACAAUAAGCAUCUUUACCUCUACCAACUACAGCAGAUAUGAGUCGUCAUAUUUCCAGGAGAAAAGAACAGCGUAACCAUAGAGCCUUCCCAGUCCUUAAAUAUUUCAAAUGAAAGACUGAAAGACUAUUAAACAAAAUAAAUAUUUUCAAAUUUUGUAAAUGCUAAAAAGUACUCCAAUUAUAAUGAAGACAGAUGUCCUAUAUUUUAAUACUUACAAGUUACAAGUAACUACUGUAUAUGACCUGUAGGAAACAAUGCUGAAUGCAUUCUUUCCUGUUGUUAUAUAUCUUGAUCACCUUGAGAACUGUGGUAGGACAUCAGGAGGAUGGAUGUUAUCUGAAACUGCCUUGAAUUUCCUUCUUUGCCUUACAGUUAAAAUAUUGUGAAUGUUGGUAAUUCACUGGAAGCAAGUGUAGCACAACCAGAACAGGAGUAAUAUACAGUAUACACUUUCCAGAACUUCAAAAUGUAUAUGGUAACUCUUAAAGAGACAACACUAAUCAAUCCAGUUUAUCUUGCCACUGAGUAUAAUGGAAAAGGGCUGGAAAGAACAACAUAAAAGUAUUUCGUUUUUUUUCUUCAAAUUAUUUAAAUCUAUAUCAAGUACUGAAGGUUUGAGUUAAUUUAAUCAAUUCGCUAUAUUGCUCCCAAACGGUUUUGUUUCCCAUUUCGGUGUUGAAGUAUGUUUUUGAAAAAAUUAAAAAAAAGUACUGUUUCAGACUGCCAGGGCCUAGAAAGAGCUGUGUAAACCAAGCUGAACCUCUUUCUGUACUAUAUCACGAUGUAUAGUACCCCCUCACUUCCUAUGUAACCAUUGCUUUAUAUUAAAGAUUCUAUAAGUAAACCCUGAA